AUGAAAUUUGGUAACAACUUGCAACAUUUAUCGGUACCAGACUGGAAAAGCUACAAUAUUGACUAUAACGACUUGAAAUACAAAAUCAAGCAAAUUACCAAACAAGACACUCAAGACCUCUCCCUGUUGAAGCAUGCAUUUGUUGAAAAUGUCGAUUAUGUCAAUUUGUUUAUACAGACCAAGUAUGGUGAGCUAAACCGGAAAUUCUCGUUUCUUGAAUCAAUAUUCAACAACCUACUACAUAUAAAAGAUGCAAUUAAUGACUAUGACUCGCUACGAUCAUUUCUCAUAGAGAUUGAUGAACUCUUUUAUCAAGCUAUUGAAUUGUCAAUUGUUUUGAAAAACUUGUCCAAGUUCAUCUUGAUUCAGAAAAUAGCCAUCAAAAAGAUCUUCAAGAAAUUUCUCAAAUACUAUCAGUACAAGAAAGUGGGUACUAAAUUUGUCUUAGACUUGAAGGACAAUCAUCUCAUCAACAACCCUCAAUCGCUUGUCAACUUUGAUUUAACUCAGUUGACUUUGAAAUUGACAAAUUUGAUCAACUUGAUUAAAUAUGAACGGAAAUUCGUCGAGUGUUUUAAUGGAGACUUGCAACGCAAAAACUCCUUGUUUUCGUUGGCAUCGUCAGUAAAUACUACGUCUGACUAUCAAACUUCGAUAUUGGCCAACAACAACAACUACAACCACAAUACAUCACAGACAAUCCCCAACAAGAAUGGAACUUUCACCACCACAACCAACUCAUCACCAAAUACUGCCAUCACUACUGCAACAAACACCACUGCCAAUUACUUCAACUCCAACCCACAGCAGAUACCCACAUCUCCAGAGGCGCAGUUUGAUUUGACUGUACUACUAAAACGUAAUUUCCAAUGUCAUUGCCUUAUACCGAAUGAGCUGACUAGUGACAUCAUCCUCAACUUGAAUGUUUACUUGAGUUUGAAGUGUAUUGAGGAUAAUCUUGUUUCAGUGAUUUACUUGAAUCAGGAAUUGUUGAAAGAUCCGGCACUAAUAUUGUCAAGUGGCACUUCUCAACGAUCAAUUAUAAUGGCUCCAACAGGUGGAUUGAGGAAAUACUCAUAUUGUAUCUUGCCGAAUGAGAUUGUUGAAGUUUUCUUGUUACAUUUGCAAGAUAGGUCUAAUGAAGAGUACAAGAGUCGGUUGUUUGACUACUUUCAAGAGUCUAGUCAGUUGACAAAAAAGACUAUAAACUUCAUUAUUUCCAAUGACUAUUUACCAGUAACAAGAACAUUUUGUCAACGCUCGAGGUUUAGAAUUGAUAAAAUUAGCGGUGACGUCAAUAAAAGUGAUGGCAUGUUCUCUGACCCAAUUGCAUCGUCUAGUCAACAGCAGUCGCAUCCUUCGCAAAUCGAUGAAAACGAUUACUAUCUUGCGUUGGAAAGCAAUAUUUGCACCACCAACAAGCCCAAACACAUCAACACCAUAGCUUUUCCUGAAAAUUACAACGAUAUGGACUGCUUUCCACAUAGUCAUCUUGGGAUAUCUUCCAAUGACUUGAACUUGUCAGAAUUUGAAUCGUCAUUAACGACUGAGGUUGAUUCUCAAACAGGUGUUGUGAGAAAUAGUUUUUCCUCAUCAUUUGCUCGUCGAUUUCCCAAAAAACUACAAAUGAUUCUUCAAAACAAUGCUGUAUCGUUAUACAAAGGAUUCAACUUUUAUCAAUAUCAGAUAUCCUGUUACUACAACAUUGUACCCAAUGGAGAAUACAUCAACAAUCAUUAUUCAAACUUGCUCAAUUUGAACUUGUUGAAAGAAUUUGAGGAUAUUGACGCCUGCAGUCACCAGUUGAACCAAGAAGAGGAUUUGAUUCGAGCCAAGUCUGAUGAUAUAAUGAAGCAUAAAAUGUCGAUGCAAAAUCUUCAACAGCAGGAUCAGGCUAUUGAACAACAACAAAGGCAAGUGAAGAAUAUUCAGUCGAGAUCACGCAACAACAACAACAACAACAACAACAACCAACAACUUCAAGAUAGUUUUGGAUCGAGUAUAUUUGACCAUGCAAGACGUAACUCGGGAAGUGUGUCACCAAAUGAAGUCAAUUUGACUGACGAUGUGGCCAAUAUUGAGGACACUGAUGUAUAUGAUCUACAAACUAACCAAGUCACCAAAUUCCUAACUUCAAUUUUCAACCUCAAGCAGAAAUUUUUCCACAAUGGGGGAGAGCCGGCCAAGAACAAGUCACAACACAAGCAAAGAUCCAUCCAUGAAAACCCCUUUUACUUCUCCCACGAUGAGGAUGGUGACGAACAUCAGCACUUGCUUGAUCCAUAUACUAAAUUACUUUCAUUAUACCACCACCAAGACGACAUCAACAACUACUCAACCUACGAUUCCAUCAAUGAAGAACCCAUGUCCUUUUUCCAACGUAAUGAACACCAAUUGAAAUUUGAAUUCGACUACGAUCAAACAUUAUCCUACAUUUACUUCACCCUAACCAUAAUCUCCCUUUUCCUAUGUGGAAUCCAAUUGGGAACCAUAUACUCCAUCUUCACCAGUAUUGACGAUAUCGAAGACUCCAAGUUCCUCAUUAGAGAUAACUUGGGAAUUUUCAUUGUGUUGGUGUUGGGAAUGAUCAUUUCGGUGGGGUUCAAUUUGUUGGCGGUGAACUUGAUGUGGUUUAGGUAUUCUACACCGGUGAGGUUUCAUAAGUUUUCUGUGUUGGGAGCUUUGAUUAUCAACUUGAUUGGAUGUAUAUGGAGCUGUGUUUUGUUGUUGAAUUGCUUUUGA